CUUAGCUGAUUUCAGUCUGAGCCAACACCGGCUGCUGCUACCCAGGCCAGGCCAGGUCACUGACAGAGAUCCUGCCUGCCACCGCUGGGUCAAGAAAUGGCUAGCAAUUUCACUACCCUGACACCUCUGCAGGGAAAUGACUGUGACCUUUACGCACACCACCACACAGCCAGCAUAGUGAUGCCCCUGCAUUAUAGCCUCGUCUUCAUCAUCGGGCUGGUAGGAAACCUACUGGCCUUGGUCGUCAUUGUCCAGAACAGGAAAAAAAUCAACUCCACCACCCUCUAUUCCACAAAUCUGGUGAUUUCUGACAUCCUUUUCACCACGGCUUUGCCGACGCGGAUAGCCUACUAUGCGCUGGGCUUUGACUGGCGGAUGGGCGACGUCUUGUGCAGGAUAACGGCUCUGGUGUUCUACAUCAACACUUACGCAGGGGUGAACUUCAUGACCUGCCUGAGCAUCGACCGCUUCGUGGCCGUGGUGCACCCUCUCCGCUACCACACGAUGAAGAGAAUCGAACACGCCAAAGCCGUGUGCAUAUGUGUCUGGAUUCUAGUCUUUGCCCAAACUCUCCCCCUACUCAUCAGCCCCAUGUCAAAGCAGGAGGCUGAAAGGACCACUUGCAUGGAGUACCCCAAUUUUGAAGAGACACAGUCUCUUCCCUGGAUUCUCCUGGGCGCGUGUUUUGUGGGAUACGUGCUUCCCCUCAUGAUCAUCCUCAUCUGCUACUCGCAGAUCUGCUGCAAACUCUUCAGAACUGCCAAACAAAACCCACUCGCGGAGAAGUCCGGUGUGAACAGAAAGGCGCUCAACACCAUCAUUUUCAUCAUUGUUGUGUUUGUGCUCUGCUUCACGCCCUACCACGUGGCAAUCAUCCAACACAUGAUCAAGAAGCUUCGCUUCCCUGACCUCCUUGAGUGCCACCAAAGACACUCGUUCCAGAUUUCUCUGCACUUCACAGUGUGCUUGAUGAACUUCAACUGCUGCAUGGACCCUUUCAUAUAUUUCUUUGCAUGUAAAGGGUACAAGAGAAAGGUCAUGAAGAUGCUGAAACGUCAAGUCAGCGUAUCGAUUUCCAGUGCAGUGAGGUCAGCCCCCGAAGAAAAUUCACAUGAAAUGACAGAGUCGCAGAUGAUGAUACACUCCAAGACUUCUAAUGGAAAGUAAAGGGACUGCAUCCUCCUGGACUCAGCAUGAACUCUGCAGGACUUCUCUCCCAGAGCAAAACAACUAUGCAGUUUCCAAUCAGGAUUCCUUUCAAAUGGACACUAUUUCCCACUGCCAACUUGGAUGAAUUGAUUGAGAAACAUCAAGCUCGAGCUCAAGAGAACAGCAUGAAGCCAGUUCUAAUUCAUAAAUGAAAUAAUACAUCAAAAGGAAGCUCUCUAAAUAACUCUUGAAGAAAAAUUUUACAUUAAUACAAACUCAAACAUUAUUAUUAUUUCCUACCAGUAAUGUGCCAAAGAGACUGAUUAGAUUGUAUAUUGUCAGUGUAAAAAUGUUAAUAUUGUAAUAUAUUUUUGGUAACGGAUUUCUUAAAUACAUACUUCCUUCAAUUUUAGAUUUUUGUCUCCUCAAUAACAUGGUUUUUCUUUUGUUCUGAGUCAUAACCGUUUCAAAGAACACUUCUGGAAUAAAGAGCAGGAAGCUACAAAUUAUGAAUAUGUCCCUCACUGUUCACCACCAAC